AUGUCUCUAAUCAAGUCAAUUAAAGGACGUGAUGAACUUCUUCUUGAUGGUUAUCGUUAUCGACGAGAUAGAUUAGUAUGGUGUUGUGUAAAAAACAACUGCAAAGGUCGUGCACGUCACGAUGGAAUUAUGUUUAAAAUGUACCAAGAUCGUAUAUGUCAAGCACCAGAUCCAAAUGAAAUUGAAAAAGCUUUAUUUAAUUAUGAAAUUAAGAAGAAAGCAGAACAAUGUCAUGAUCCGCCAAGAUUAAUUGUACACGAAGCACGGCUCAAAUUAUCUUCAGAUGCGGCUAUUACUAUUCCACAAUGCACAGCAUUUCAACGUAGAAUUCAACGUAUUCGACAAGAUGAAGAUAUUCCAACACAACCUAAAACAUUUGCCGAUAUUGUUAUUCCACUAAACUUUCAAAAUACUGUUACAAAUCAAAAAUUUGUAUUAUAUGAUAAUAAUGACCAUAAUCGUCGAUUAUUAAUAUUUGCCGGUAAAGAACAAUUAGAUUUUUUGAAUGAAUGUGAGAGCUGGCACUGUGAUGGUACAUUUGCUGAAUUACAUUUGAAAAAAGAAUUUCUUGAAAAUGAUAUUAGUCGUCGUACAAUGAAGAAUUUAGCAGCAUUAGUUUUUAUUCCACCGCAAAAUGUUAUUGAGAAAUUUGUUCAAUUGAAAAAAAGUGCGUCAGAUGUAUUAGAUGGUAAGAUGACGUUUGCAUAA